CACUUCUCUUCACCACCCACUUCCACCUCUCUCCCUCUAUCUCACUCAUCCAUGGCUGCCUUUCCAAACUACCUCUCUUUCCUCUUCCUUCUCUUCCUCACCUCCUCCCUCCAAACCCAAGCGAGAAAUAGCCACUUCUUCAAUAAGGUGACCCGCUUCAACACUGCCACUGAAACCGAACCCGUCGAGAAACAAUUACUUCCCUUUCCAAAACAAGAAGAACCCACAACAUUCACCCCACAGAACCUCAACGGCUAUGGUCUCUACGGCCGCGAUCCUGAAAAGAUGUCAUAUACAAGCACUAGUCAAGUCACUGAGGGACUCCCCAACGGGGUUGGAGAGUCCACCAGCCUUAGAAGCUACCAGGACAAGGAGACUACAUCUGGCUACCCCAACAACGAAUACGAUAACCAGAAGUACGGCAUGAGCGAUACAAGGUUCCUGGAGAACGGCCGCUACUUCUACGACAUCAAAGCUGACACCAAUUACCGUAACGGUUACGAUUCUGUGAUGGGAAAUCGCGGAGGGUAUCGGCCCACCCGAGUGGGCCCCACGAACCAAUACAAUUAUGGUGGUUAUUAUGGUAAUAAUGAGAAUGCUUAUGAGUACAACACUUCCAUGGAGGGGUACCAAAACCCCCGAGAUGAGACCGACGAGGAAUACAUACCGUAGAUUGCUUUGGUCCAUAUCCCAUGAUCAUGCAUGUUAUUUGGGCUAUAUCUAGUUUCCAACCAUAAAUUAUUGUAGUAUUUCCAAUAAAUAGUUGUUUUGUGA